AUGCUACUACAAACAUUUUUCAUAAUCGGAUAUUUUGCAUCAUGGAGUGCAUACCCAGACAUGGCAUACAGUGUCGACCAGCUUGAUCCGACAAAACUCUCGCAUGUCAUGUACGCAUUUGCAGUCCCAGCAGAGACCGGAGAAGUAUUUCUCCCGGAUCCUGAAAUAGAUUACGGGGAUACGAGUGACGGGGUAUUAAAAGGUAACUUAGGAAAACUGUGGAAGCUGAAGCAACAGAAUCGACACCUAAAGACAACGUUGUCGAUAGGUGGUGCUCUUAAUAGCGUGAAUUUCUCGAGUAUUGUUAGUUUGCCAAAAAGAGCUAAUUUUAUUUUGACGUCUAUAAAUUUGAUGAAUGAUCUAGGAAUGGAUGGGCUGGAUCUUGAUUGGGAAUUUCCAAAAGAUAAAACAGAAUCAAAAUUUUAUGUGACUUUGUUACGCGAGCUAAGAUUUGCAUUAGAUCUAUACGCAAAAAUCAAACACGAAAAAGAAAAAUAUCUGUUAACAGUCGCAGUGCCAGCUGACCCAGAAUUCUACAAAGUCCUUUUCCUAAAAGAAAUGAACAAAUACGUCGACAUAUUCAAUUUAAUGACCUAUGAUUUCUCUGGCGAAUGGGAACAACCAGCAGAUCACCAAGCGAAUUUGUACGGCGAUGGUUUAUCGGGUGAUCAAGCAGUAAUGGACUACAUCAAAGCCGGAGUUGAUCCAGCAAAAAUAACGCUUGGCGUCCCGAUGUAUGGGCGGUCAUUUGAAAACACGGACGGUGCGGGAAAAAAUUACUCGGAUACCGGGGAAGGACAAUGGGAACCUGGAAUGUGGGACUAUAAAUCUCUCCCGAAAAAGGGUAGCAAAGAAUUCUACGAUAAGAAAGUAGUAGCUAGUUACAGCUACGACAAAAAAACACGUGAAUUCAUAAGCUACGAUAAUCCUAGAGUGGUUAAAGAAAAAUGUAAAUACUUGAAAAAUAAAAAGUUAGGUGGAAUUAUGUUUUGGGAAUUGGAUGGUGACUUUCCCACUUCACAUAGUCGAUCACUAUUAAGAACUUCAUUUAAGGCGUUGGGUGGACGGAAAACCAUCGAUAAGUCUUUAAAUCAUUUGUGGUUCCCGACUAGUAAAUACACAAAUGUGAGGGGAACUAUAAUGUUUAAUUUGAACUUGACGUCGAUUCCUGUUAACGUUAAUAUCUCUGUUAGCAUCAAUUGA